ACGGGCGGGCGUGCGCCCCGAGCUGGCUGGCACUUUGCAGACGCUCCCUUAGCGCCAGCCCGCCCUCCCGCCUCCAGGUGGCCCGGCCCCCACGGCGGGCGCGGCCGCCGUCCCUCAGCCCGCGGCGGCCUCCGCCGAAGACCAUGGGCGAUGCGCUCGUCCCGGCGCGGGGGGGCUGCGCACAGGAGGCGCCGGAGGAGGAUGGAACUGAAACAUGGAUAUACAUUGACUAAGGAGUUGGAAUAAGACUGAAUCCUGCUCUGUGAUACUUACAUACUUGGACCAUGAACUUGCUUUUUGGCUUUAUGCUUUAGGAACCUUUGCAGUAACUGUGUCAAGCUGUUGGGAAUCAUGGCAUUCUCUCCAUGGAAGUUGUCCUCUCAGAAACUCGGCUUUUUUCUGGUGACUUUUGGUUUCAUUUGGGGAAUGAUGCUUCUGCAUUUUACUAUUCAGCAGCAAACACAGCACGAGAGCAGUUCAGUCCUGCGUGAGCAAAUUUUGGAUCUCAGCAAAAGAUACAUCAAAGCAUUAGCUGAAGAAAAUAAAAAUGUGGUUGAUGGGCCUUAUGUUGGGACAGUGACAGCAUACGAUUUGAAGAAGACACUUGCUGUCUUGUUGGAUAAUAUCCUGCAGCGCAUCGGGAAGCUGGAGUCCAAGGUGGAAAAUCUUGUACUUAAUGGAACAGGAGCAAACUCUACCAACAAUACUACCACUCCUGCUCCCAUCUUAGGAGCAGUUGAAAAGCUUAAUGUAGCAGAUCUCAUAAAUGGAGCCCAAGAACAGUGUGAAUUGCCUCCUAUGGAUGGUUUUCCUCACUGUGAAGGGAAAAUAAAGUGGAUGAAAGAUAUGUGGCGAUCAGAUCCCUGUUACGCAAGUUACGGUGUAGAUGGAUCCACGUGCUCCUUUUUUAUUUACCUCAGUGAGGUUGAAAACUGGUGUCCUCGUUUACCUUGGAGAGCAAAAAAUCCUAAUGAAGAAACUGAUCAAAGGACAGUGGCUGAAAUUCGUAUCAACUUUGAUAAACUCUACAAAAUGAUGUCAAGACAUGAGGAAUUCAGAUGGAUGAUGUUACGCAUCAGACGGAUGGCUGAUACCUGGAUUGAAGCAAUUAAAUCACUUGCAGAAAAACAAAAUCUGGAGAAGAGAAAACGAAAAAAGAUCCUUGUUCAUCUGGGGCUUUUGACAAAAGAAUCUGGAUUCAAGAUUGCAGAAAAUGCAUUUAGUGGUGGCCCACUUGGUGAAUUAGUCCAGUGGAGCGACUUAAUUACAUCUCUCUACUUACUGGGCCAUGACAUCAGGAUUUCAGCUUCACUGGCCGAGCUCAAGGAGAUUAUGAAGAAGGUUGUAGGUAACAGGUCUGGCUGCCCUACCCAGGGGGAUAAGAUUGUAGAACUCAUUUACAUCGACAUUGUGGGUCUCACUCAGUUUAAGAAAACCCUUGGUCCAUCAUGGGUACAUUACCAGUGUAUGCUAAGAGUUCUGGAUUCCUUUGGAACUGAACCAGAGUUUAACCAUGCCCAUUAUGCCCAGUCUAAAGGCCACAAGACACCAUGGGGAAAGUGGAACCUUAAUCCACAGCAGUUUUAUACAAUGUUCCCUCACACUCCGGAUAACAGCUUCCUUGGAUUUGUGGUAGAGCAGCAUCUGAAUUCCAGUGACAUUAAACAUAUUAAUGACAUCAAAAGGCAGAAUCAAUCUCUGGUUUAUGGCAAAGUAGAUAAUUUCUGGAAGGAUAAGAAGGCUUAUCUGGACAUCAUCCACACCUAUAUGGAAGUCCAUGGAACUGUUCACGGCUCAAGCACUAUGUACAUUCCUGGCUAUGUAAAAAAUCAUGGUAUACUCAGUGGGAGGGAUUUGCAGUUUCUGCUGAGAGAAACCAAACUGUUUGUUGGUCUGGGCUUUCCGUACGAGGGGCCGGCUCCUUUAGAGGCUAUUGCCAACGGGUGUGCUUUUCUAAAUUUAAGAUUUAACCCACCAAAAAGUAGUAAAAACACAGAAUUUUUCAAAGGCAAACCUACACUCCGAGAGUUGACAUCACAACAUCCCUAUGCUGAAGUUUACAUUGGGAAGCCCCAUGUUUGGACUGUAGACAUCAAUGAUCUUUCUGAAGUUGAGAAGGCUGUAAAAUCAAUUUUGAAUCAAAAGAUUGACCCUUAUUUGCCCUAUGAAUUUACAUGUGAGGGAAUGCUUCAGAGGAUGAAUGCAUUUAUUGAGAAACAGGACUUUUGUCAUGGGCAAGUGAUGUGGCCUCCAUUAAGUGCCCUUCAAGUAAAAAUUGCUGAACCUGGAAAAUCCUGUAAGCAAGUUUGUCAGGAAAGCCAGCUCAUCUGUGAGCCUUCCUUCUUCCAGCAUCUUAACAAGGACAAAGCUCUGCUUAGGCAUAACAUUGAAUGUCUCACCAUGGAGUCUGCCAAUGAUAUUCUGGUCCCCUCUUUUGAUGGAAGAAGGAAGCACUGUGUUUUCCAAGGUGACCUCUUACUGUUCAGCUGUGCUGGAUCCCACCCAACCCACAGAAGAAUCUGUCCCUGCAGAGACUACAUUAAGGGGCAGGUUGCUCUUUGUAAAGACUGCCUAUAGCAGCAGCAGAGCUUUGGGGCUGAGGACAAAUGUAAGUAGUUUUGAGAGGAGCUACUAUCACUUCCUGCACUUUUGUCCAGGUUUUUGCUGCAGGCAGAGCUAUCAUUGCUGGGCAGAAUCAUCUACUAGAGAGGAGGGAUUCAUAGAAACAGCUAUAACUGAUCUUUUUUUUUCCUAUAAAGACAUUUGCAGUGUAAGUCUUCAGAUUCCUUCACCUGUUUGCUGAGAGAAGUGAGCUUCAUGUUCUACAGUGAUUUGAAGAUGACUGCACAGAAUAGUUUGUAGAAAAUUCCAGUCCCAUCAAACUUUUUGUUGUUUGGACGAAGUGUUUUCUAUUUUUUUAAUGAGUUACGACAUCCCUCCAUCCUGGUUAGCUAGAGGAUCUCAACUUCAUUCCAAUAGAAAAAUGGAAAAAGUGUUUUGAGGGAGGAGGGACUGACAUUUUAUUCUAGGUGCACUGUUUUUGGUACUGCUUUAGCUUGAAUGGCUAUAAAGUGGUUUACUUCACAAGAACUUGGAAUCACAGCAUAGCUCUGUACCUUAUUAUUGGGUUAUCUGGGCCCAAAUCUUUUUUUCUUUUUUUCCUUUUUAUUUUUUUUUAUCUUUGUAUACAACAAGGUCUUGUCUGCAUCACAGCUGCUGCAUCAGGGCAGUCUCAACAGAGAGUAUCAUGAAUGAGCAAACAGGCAGUUGCCAGUGUGUGACACAUCAUCACAUCAUCUCAGUGACUUGACAACUGUCCAGGGUUGUGGCAUUCUUUGGGGUGGAAAAGCUACAAAACCAUACUGCCAUUUUUCAGAAUUGACUUGUCACAGUUUGCUGGUCCCAUUUAGAGAGUAAUCCUUGGAAUUUGCCCAUGCUUCUGUUGUAGUCUGUCUACUAGAAAUACUGUGUGAAGCAAAAGUAUUCAGAUCAUUGAAGCAAUAUUAUUGUUUAGAGCCUCAGUUUGCUACGGCUUCCAGUAGUUAAAGUGUUGCUGAAUGACAUAGAAAGGUUAAAUUAAGCUAACUAUAAUUAUUGUAUGGUAGAAAUGUAAAAUGUCUUCAUAACUAGCUAGGUUUUUUAAGUGAAAAUUUUUCUGAAGAACAAGAGGAGACAGACAAUUGCUAAGAUAAGCAUUGAUCAAUCUUGUGGGUUCUUUGGUUGUUUAUCUGUUUCUUUUUUUUUUAAAGCAACAAGUUAAAUCUUCUAAGCCAGGUUUUGUAGAGGUUAUUUUUGCUAUUUUCAGCAGAAGGUGGCUUGCUUGACAGCACUGUUUGUAGUCAGGAAAUGACUUGCUGAGAUGAGUGAGAAACAAAUCUGCAGUUUAUUUUUAAAGCAGUCACAGUCUGCGGGUUUGCAAUUUGGACACGUUCUGACCACACUGGAAAAAAUUACCAUGAAGGGUUUUUUCAUUAAAAAUAACAAACAUUGCCAGGUAAUCAUGAAUAGCAUAGGUAAUUCACAAUGUUCCUUUCUUGGAUGUAUCUGGUUGGUUCAACUUUUUUCUUGUAACUGGCAUUAGUUAUCUGUGUGUGAUAUUGAAGUCUUGACCUACCAAAGACCAAGCAAGGAAACACUGUUUCAUCAUGGAUAAUUCUCAAGACAAGAGAACAACCUGCAUUUAAAGUUUUGAUUUUAAAGCAAUGAAUUAACUGGUUUGAGGUUUUGUUUCCUGCCUCAGCACUCCUGACAGUGUUACCCUGUAGCACUCCAUAACAUUGCCAUGGACUACACAGGAACUUAAUCCUGAGAGAUUAUUGAGUAUCCAAAAAGGAUACGUGGAGCUGUUGAACAGCGGGUCACCAGUAAUUAGGUUGUGAUGAUGACAAAAUCUGCUGUUUUUAGAGUAAACUUCCAGAAGCAGAACAGCCGAGCUCUAUAAUGGGAGGCAAACUUUUUGUAUGAAAAGAAAACAAACACACACUAUUAUUGAAAGCUCAUCCUGUUACCAUAGCUCAGCAUUUGCUUCAGUCAGCACAAAUGUACUUUGCAAUAGUUUUGAUACCCUGGAAACAGGUGGAGAGGAGGAUUGGAAAUGGGUUUGAGCAGGUGCAGCAAUUGAUUUUGUAUUUAUAUAAAAUAUUCCCUGCAUACCUGUGCAUAUUUGUGCAACUGGAAGGUUCUGCUUAUUAAAGUAUACAUACUCCCACCUGGUGCUGAGAGUAAAGCAACAGCAGGAUUUGUCUUUACCAGUUCAGCCUGAGGUUCUUCAGGCAGGAAUUUAGUUUGGAAUGAGAUAUCAGACAAUGAUGUUGGAAAAUAAAGGUUUGUAUGUGUGCACUUAAAGAAUUCAAAACACUUAAUUUUUGUUUAGUGUAAUUAUUUGCUGUUAAAUACAUAUUUGCCUGUUUCCCUUCGACCAUCUGGUCCACACGGGAUACUGCAUUUUAUUUUGCCUCUAAACCUUUAAAAGUUGGAGGGUUUUGGUAUUUGUUAUAACAAAUUUUUCUGGGUCUAGUGGCUUUGCUCACUGCUAAGUUGCCUUUACCACAGCAGGGAGAGUCUGUUAUUCAGCUCUGGUGUUUUCAUGCUGUAGCACUGUUUCUUUCUAGUCUACUGAACUGAAUUACUGCAUACUGGCAAAACCAAAACAGCCAAACACUGAUGCAAGCUUUUGCAUUUCAAAGCCAGGGACAAAACAUCUUUAUUGGCCUCAGAAUUUGGUUGGGUCUGAUCCUAUUUCCACUGAAAUCUGUAGGAGAGACUCCUCAGUCUUAAAGAGCAAAGAAUCAAGAAUUUGAUAGGCUUCUAGUGUUAAGUGUAACCUCUGCUUCAGAAGAAAUAUUACUUUUGUGAACUACAACUUCAGCCUAAAUUGCUUGUAAAAGGAGACUAUCACGUGGGAACUGUAAGUGUAUAAACUCUGUACACACCAUCACUCACUCAUCCAACAGAGCACUCCCCCAGGCAGUGGUUUGGUUGUGCACUGAUAAAUAAGUGAAUCCUUCCACAGGCUCAGGCAGAUCCACGUGGGAUUAUUGAAAAGUUUGGAUGAUUUAAUAAAGCACAUAAAAUAUACCUACAUUUCAGGGCAGAGGGCAGCAUUCUGCCCAAGUUCCAUAAUUAUUUUCCUUCCUAAUUAAGGAAUAAAGGUGUAGUCCAAUUAUUGCACUUAAACAAGGGUACUAGAGAUGGGACUGUGCUACUGGUUUUCAGUCUGACAGUUAAGCUUGCAGCUUCUUUUACUCAGAAAUCAGGUUUUUUUGCAUGACUUGCAUUUGAGUAUAUUGAUCAGCGAUUGAUGGGGAAAAUGGUCCAAAAGUUGAAUUUAAAAACAUUUACAAGCUUUUAAACAUAUCUCUCAUAUCAAGACAUUCUUUGUUUUAAAGUUUUGUAUUUUUGUAUGUGACCUGGUUGUUUUCAAAAAUCUUGUUCCUAUGAGAUUAGAGAACUUGAGAGAAGCAUUUACAUAUUUAUUAAAAUUAACAUAAAAGGCUUGCCUUUGAAAGGUAAAGUUGGUAAAUACACACUGUUUAAAAAUGCCAAUAAAAACCUCAUUAUUUCA